AUGGAGGCAAGUGUGCACAAUUAUAGCCGUUCGCCAGGAUUCUAUGUAGAGAAGAUAUUGAAGGUAUCCAUCAAGCGCAUAGAGAAGAAGAAGGAGAAUCGCUAUGUAACAGCUUUCUUUAGCACACUUCUCUUCACCUGCCGAAACAUCAUAGGCUACACAUUCAGCAACAGCAAAGAAGUUGUUGACUAUGUUGCUGACAUAUCUCCUUUGCUCUGUCUCUCCUUCAUCCUCGACGGAUUAACGGCAGUUCUAAAUGGAGUGGCUAGGGGAUGUGGGUGGCAACACAUUGGAGCUUUGAUCAACGUGGUGGCUUAUUAUCUUGUAGGAGCUCCUGUUGGAGUUUACUUAGCUUUCAGUCGUGAGUGGAAUGGAAAAGGACUCUGGUGCGGUGUUAUGGUUGGAUCCGCGGUGCAAGCCACUUUACUGGCUAUCGUCACAGCCUCCAUGAACUGGAAGGAACAGGCUGAGAAGGCAAGGAAGAGAAUAAUCUCAACUAAAAAUGGAUUGGUUUAA